GCUCGCCGCUCGCCGCUCGCCGCCCACAGGCCCUGCCCGGCGCGCCCGCUCGGCGGAGGGUCCCCGCGCCCAUGACGCUGAAGACGAGCGAGGGCGACGGCGGGGCCGGCAUGCGCUCGGCGCUGUCCGACCUGUACCUGGAGCACUUGCUGCAGAGGCGCAGCCGGCCCGAGGCUGCGUCACAGCAGCUGAAUGCCAUCAGCGAGGACAUGUAUGCCAAUGGCUCUGCCGGCCCGAACAGCCCAGCCCAGGCCCAGGAUGUGCGCAAGGUGCGGCUGAUCCAGUUUGAGAAGGUCACAGAGGAGCCUAUGGGCAUCACUCUGAAGCUGAACGAAAAGCAGUCAUGUACAGUGGCCCGCAUUCUGCACGGCGGCAUGAUCCACCGGCAAGGCUCGCUGCAUGUGGGGGACGAAAUCCUGGAGAUCAAUGGCACAAACGUGACCAACCACUCGGUGGACCAGCUGCAGAAGGCAAUGAAAGAAACCAAAGGAAUGAUCUCACUCAAAGUUAUUCCCAACCAGCAGAAUCGUCUCCCUGCACUGCAGAUGUUCAUGAGAGCGCAGUUUGACUACGACCCCAGGAAGGACAAUCUGAUCCCCUGUAAGGAGGCGGGACUGAAGUUUGUCACUGGUGACAUAAUCCAGAUCAUCAACAAGGAUGAUAGCAACUGGUGGCAAGGGCGGGUGGAAGGUUCCUCCAAGGAGUCUGCGGGUCUGCUGCCCUCUCCCGAGCUGCAGGAGUGGCGGGUGGCGAGCACGGCUCAGUCCGCUCCGAGUGAGGCCCCAAGCUGCAGUCCCUUCGGGAAGAAGAAGAAGUACAAGGACAAGUACCUGGCCAAGCACAGCUCCAUUUUUGACCAGCUGGAUGUGGUGUCUUACGAGGAAGUAGUCCGACUCCCUGCGUUCAAGAGGAAAACCCUGGUGCUGAUAGGAGCCAGCGGCGUGGGCCGCAGCCACAUCAAAAAUGCCCUGCUCAGUCAGAGCCCUGAGAAGUUCAUGUACCCCGCUCCAUACACCACACGGCCGCCCAAGAAGGGGGAGGAGGACGGGAAGGAGUACCACUUCAUCUCCACCGAGGAGAUGACCAGGAGCAUCUCUGCCAAUGAGUUCCUGGAGUUCGGCAGCUACCAGGGCAACAUGUUCGGCACCAAAUUCGACUCGGUGCACCAGAUUCACAAGCAGGACAAGAUCGCCAUCCUGGACAUUGAGCCCCAGACCCUGAAGAUCAUCCGCACAGCUGAGCUGUCACCUUUCAUCGUCUUCAUCGCCCCGACCGACCAGGGCACUCAGGUGACGGAGGCACUGCUGCAGCUGCAGAAGGACUCCGAGGCCAUCCGCAGCCAGUACGCGCACUACUUUGACCUCUCACUGGUUAACAACGGUGUGGAUGAGACGCUGCGGCAGCUGCAGGCCGCCUUUGAGGAGGCGUGCAGCUCCCCCCAGUGGGUGCCAGUGUCCUGGGUCUACUGAGCGAGCACGCAGCCUGUCCUCCACCCUCCCUCCCUGCUCAUCCCACUGUCAGCCACUCAAAGGGCUCUGGAACAGAGGCCACGCAGUGAGGGACCCUCACCCCUCUGAAGCCAGGUUCCUUCCCUCCCCCUCUGCCGGGACUCCGACAGACAGACUGUAGCCUGCUCUAGGAAAGCCUCCGAAGCAAUAAAGCCUUGCUGAGCUGCC